AUGCCUCCCAGGUCGACUAGGUCUGCCAAUAAGGAAGCGGAUACCCCUGGGAGCAAACGGAAACGACGAUCAUCUCCUGAAUCGCCCCUCAACGUCGUCCUUCCCUCUCCUGCCAGCCUGCCCAAACUCGCCUCUGCAUCUCCGGAGAAGGUCAACGGAGAUGUUGACCAUGAAUCGAAAAGGCAUAAAAUAUCUCUCAAGAUCAACCUGAGCACCGAAAAGCCUAAGGAUAUCAAAGAGGAGCAUCCAGUCGAUGGAGCUCUGAAGAAAGAAAUAAGAGAAAGUCUUUCGGUGGUCAUCGCUCAAAUGUCUGUAGAUCUUCCACCACCUCUCAACAACAUAUUAGCUCUUUGGCUCCCGCCGUCUUUCGCUCAAAAGGAAGAGAACACUCUGGGCUAUGUUCUGAAACAGCCUUCGCUUACAUGGGACCAGCUAGUGUUCCACUUGCCAGUACCCCCUCUCCCCUCUCAUUUCCCGCCUCAUAUCAUCUACAACUUUUGUGCCUCGAUGCAUUCUCUCCUUUUAGAGAUCGAGCCAAAAAAAGGUCAUGAUGGCGUUUCUAUAGAGAGAUGGGCUCUCACCCAGAAAACUCCUCAGGCGGGAGAAUGGUUCACUUCAGCUGUCGACAGCAGAGAGGUCCAGAAGAGGAAAGGAAAGGAUGGAGAUUUACUGGAAACCAAUGCCAACGCGAUAUCUUUGCAAUCGACUUUCGGCGGAGAUGCCUCACAUAACUCACCUACCUUGUCUGAUUCGCUCAUCCGACGAGCAAGUCUGAAAAUGAACAGAUGGAAGGAGAGAAGAGCACAACGAGGUUCUGGUGGUUUUGGUAGUGUGCCCAGAGGAGUCACUUCGGUCGCGUUCACACCUUCCUUCGGUCCCACCUUUGAUUCCUAUCACGCUACAGGAGGACAAGGCUAUUGGUCCACGUUGGAAGGAAUGCAUGAACGUGCAAGGCAUAGGGAAUGGGCUAGAAGAGCCUUGAGGCGAUCCAAAAACAUCGAUGAAGGUGGAUACUGCGGAAAUUUGGAAACCAACAAAGGAAAGGAGAAGGAAACCAUCGACGAUGUGUUGACGGAGAAUGGCGAACUGAUAGAGGAGUUGCAAACUUGGCAGGAAGUGAGGACCAGAAAGGGUGUUUUUGCUGUCACGGAGAGAGAGCAGCAUGUUGCCGAAGAACUACUCUCGUCCCUUGCCAAGCUCACUGGCAGCCGUCCAACCGUCGACAUGCUUCCCGCAUCAACAUCCAAAGUCGGUCUUGCGCAUGAGCUGGCUCGGCGAUUCCUUUCAGUGUCUUCUCCUUCGAUUCGAGGUACACUCGAUCCUCGACGUCCUCAAGCUCUUCAUGACAACGUCACCGUGAAACCACGAACGAUGGCUGGGCAGACCUUGGGAGGCUCUACCAAUCCUAUGCUUUCGUCGCCUCAUGCCCCUCCACCUAUCAAGCUAGGGGUCAUGCCUCCGCCUCCCAUUCCACAGUACGUUGCACCACCACCUCAUACCCUUCCAGUCGGUGGACGAUCAAAUGACAAUAAUCGACCUAGCUCGACUCCAUCUCGCAGUUCUUAUGCACCACAUUCUCCUUCUCCCUCGAUAGGCAACACCAUUUAUAACAAUCGACCGACCUCUACGUCAGCUCCACCUGCAAAUCCAGCAAAUACCGCGCCUUAUCCGAGAUCCGUGGUCGGCCCAGGGCCAUCCAACCUUCGUCAGAGUUUCGGUCCGGGCACACCUGGGACGCCUUCAAGCAGUAGUAACGGGAUUGGAUAUGGAAUGAACGGUUUGGGCAGUGCAUCGGUCAGAGGGAUGAUGAUGCCGGGUACAUCUAGAUGA